UACUUAACCACUCAAAUGAAGGCAAGUCCAUACUGGCACGAGACCAUUCAGGACACAUAAACAAGACAGACGAGUGCUAUUCAUGCGACAACUCAAACGUCGACUGGCGUAGAAUGCGAGGUGCCUUUUUCAUACUUCGUGUAGAUUGUCCAGCUCAUGUUGACCCGUUUGCCUCCAGGGAUGUGAAAAUAUGGUCGUUAUCCAUACCGACCCCUGCUCGCGACCCCCUGUCAUCAGAUGCCAUGCCUCUCGUGUCAGCCCAAGAGGCCAAGCAUCUGUCUCAAGCCGAGAGCACGUGUUCGUUGCAUUCCGGGAAGAUUCGCCUCUCCUACCCUGGUCAAAUAAAUUUGCGAGGAUGGUUGUACGCGGCGAAGGAAAAUGCAUCGUGACCAGAUAAUUUCAUCCUGGGUGAUCUCCUUCAUUUUCGGGAAAACGCAAAAGCGCAUUCAUCUUGCCCGAGGCUAGAACUGUACUGCGUGCGUCUCCCCUGUACAUACUUCGGGAUGUGUUUAUGCCGCAGAACCGCCGGCGAAAACG